AUGGCUUCACCAUCCUCCGACCAUCAAUACUAUCUAGGCGCUGGCAAGGAGAUGAGCCCCGAAUCCUACCAAUGGAUUGAACCGAUAUCUAUCGACGACGACGACCUCAUGUUCGGUGGCAAGUCCCUUAGCACCUGGUACGAAGAGGAUAGGAGCCGCCUCAGCGGUGUGUAUUCCGACGAGGAGGAGACGAGGGGCCGCCAAAGGCACCGCACGCAUUAUGCCUCCAGCCAUGGAAGCUCCAAGACCCAGCAGUCCUCGAAGAAGAAUUGA